CCCCCGUCGCCGGAAACUGCCGCCGUUUCGCUUUCGCCCUCCAUUUUAAGCCCCCCAACCCGCCUCCCUCGUCAUGCCAUCCUCAGAGCCCCACUCGCCACUCCCACCUGCCCGCCUCGCCUCCUCCCCACCAUCGCCGCCGCGAUGCCGCCGUCCCCUCCCGCUCCCCGGCUCCUCCUCCUGCUCGCGUUAUUGAUCGCGUGCGCCGCGUCGGGGGUCGGCUGCUCGGGCCCGCGGUUCGCGCAGCUCGACCGCCUCCGCGAGCUCCACCAGCGGGAGCGCCGGCCUGCGGCCGAGCAGGUGGACGCCGCGCGCGGGCUCCUCGCGCGCCUCCUCCCCUCUCACUCCGCCAGCUUCGAGUUCCGGGUCGUCUCCACGGAGCAAUGUGGUGGAAAGGCGUGUUUCAUCAUCAACAACCAUCCAUCGUUUGAUGGAGAAGGAACUCCCGAGAUAUUGAUACUUGGAGCAAGUGGGGUAGAAAUUUCUACUGGUCUUCAUUGGUAUUUGAAGAACUAUUGCGCGGCACAUAUAUCAUGGGCUAAAACUGGUGGUUCACAAUUAUCAUCUGUUCCAUAUCCUGGCUCACUACCUCGUGUUCCUGCUGGUGGCAUUUUGAUUCAAAGACCUGUUGACUGGAGCUACUACCAGAAUGCAGUUACAUCCAGUUAUUCUUUUGCUUGGUGGGAUUGGGAGCGCUGGGAGAAGGAGAUUGAUUGGAUGGCUCUUCAAGGAAUCAAUUUGCCUCUAGCUUUCACUGGGCAAGAGACUAUAUGGCAGAAGGUUUUUCAGAGGUACAACAUUAGUAAAUCUGAUUUGGACAAUUUCUUUGGUGGGCCGGCCUUUCUUUCAUGGUCUCGGAUGGCCAAUAUGCAUGGAUGGGGUGGGCCUCUUCCUCAGACUUGGCUUGAUGAUCAAUUAACUCUUCAGAAGAAAAUCCUUUCUAGGAUGUAUGCAUUUGGCAUGUCCCCAGUUCUUCCAGCCUUUUCUGGUAACAUCCCUGCUGCACUGAAGUUAAAAUUCCCCUCAGCUAAAGUCACCCACCUUGGAAACUGGUUCACAGUUGACAGCAACCCACGGUGGUGUUGCACAUAUCUUCUUGAUGCAUCCGAUCCCUUAUAUGUAGAAAUCGGGAAGUUGUUUAUAGAAGAACAAAUCAGAGAAUAUGGUAGGACAAGUCAUGUAUACAACUGUGAUACUUUUGAUGAGAACACCCCUCCAUUGAGUGAUCCAAACUAUAUUUCUUCCUUGGGUGCUGCGACAUUCAGGGCAAUGCAAAGUGGUGAUGAUGAUGCUAUUUGGUUAAUGCAAGGUUGGUUGUUUACUUACGAUCCUUUCUGGGAACCCCCACAAAUGAAGGCACUACUGCAUUCUGUUCCAGUUGGCCGAAUGAUUGUUCUCGAUCUGUAUGCUGAAGUAAAACCAGUAUGGAUCAAUUCUGAUCAGUUCUAUGGUGUUCCCUACAUCUGGUGCAUGCUUCAUAAUUUUGCUGCGGAUUUUGAAAUGUAUGGUGUCUUGGAUGCUGUUGCUUCUGGGCCUAUUGAUGCUCGACUAAGUGAAAAUUCCACGAUGGUUGGAGUUGGCAUGUCUAUGGAAGGUAUCGAGCAAAAUCCUAUCGUUUAUGAUCUUAUGUCAGAAAUGAGUUUUCAUCAGAGACAAGUGGAUCUUCAGGUAUGGGUUGAGACAUAUCCAACAAGAAGAUAUGGGAAAUCAGUUGUUGGGUUGCAAGAUGCUUGGCGAAUUUUGCACCAAACUCUAUACAACUGUACAGAUGGUAAAAAUGACAAAAACCGGGAUGUGAUAGUGGCGUUCCCAGAUGUUGAACCUUUUGUUAUUCAAACACCAGGAUUGUAUGCGAGAACUAGCAAAAAUUAUUCUACACUGGCAUUAGAGAAUUAUGUCGUGAAGGAUGCAUCCAAUGAUGCAUAUGAACAACCACAUAUAUGGUAUGAUACCGUUGCUGUUAUACAUGCCCUAGAGCUUUUCCUUGAAUAUGGAGAUGAGGUAUCUGACAGCAGCACCUUCAGAUAUGACCUCGUGGAUUUAACUCGCCAGGCUCUAGCCAAAUAUGCGAACCAAAUCUUUCUGAAGAUCAUCCAAGGCUACAAAUCAAACAACAUAAACCAAGUGACCACCCUGUGUGACCGCUUCCUAAACCUUGUUAAUGAUCUUGACAUGCUGCUAGCCUCUCACGAGGGAUUUCUGCUUGGGCCUUGGUUAGAAAGUGCGAAGGGCCUUGCACGAGACCACGAACAAGAGAUACAGUAUGAAUGGAAUGCCAGAACCCAGAUUACAAUGUGGUUUGACAACACCAAUACAAAAGCAAGCUUGCUACGCGACUACGCAAACAAGUACUGGAGCGGCCUGCUUCGGGACUACUACAGGCCAAGGGCCGCCAUCUACUUCAAGCACCUGAUAUCAAGCUUGAAGAAGAAUGAACCUUUUGCGUUGGAAGAAUGGAGGAGGGAGUGGAUUAGCCUCACCAACAACUGGCAGAGCGACAGGAAGGUCUUCGCGACCACAGCCACCGGAGACGCCCUAAACAUCUCCCGGACCCUGUACAUAAAGUACCUGCGCAACACCGAUGCACUUGGGCUAGAUGGUAUGGACUCGUUUGGAAAGCCUGCAAGCUUGUAAAUUUCAAGCUCCUGGGUAUGUUUCUCUAAGAAAUUUAUAGAAGAUCAGAUGGGAUGUUUUAGCUAGGGUUCAUCAAACAUUUGGGUGUUUGGGUCAGUGAUUUUUCACUCCAUGAUCCGAUUGCACGGUGAAACAUACCGUUAGCUUUGUGUUCGGUUUGGCUGGUAUGUAAUCAUGAAACUAGGAACCAAAUGCCAUCCCUGUUGUGACUUCAGGUGUGUUUGCAACAAAAUGUACCAUUCCCUCCGUUUCCGAAAUAAGUGUACAUGUAGACUCAUUUUUCUGAAUGAAUUUGUGGUAACCUGAA